GAUGUUUGGGUGCCGCCGUCCAACGGCCUGCAGUGCUCUCGCAGCGACGGGCGCUGGGGCAUCACCGUGCCUGGGCCCGGGCCGCAGGGCAGAGAGGUGAAGUGGUUCGAUGCGGCGGUCAUCGCCCACAACGGCAAGUGCGCCGAGAGGCUGACGUCUUCGACCCCGGCCCAUGAGGUCCAUGCGCUUCUGCGGACCAACUUCGCCUGCUCUCUGCCACGCAAUCCGCGGCCUGGUAGCGGGAGAUUCACUUUGAACCAGAUCUACUCUUUGCUCUUCGAGGUUCCCAGCGGGCUCAUGCCGGCCAGCUUCGACGCGGCUUUCGUGGAGGACGAGCCCAUCCUGCGCUGGCUGUCGUCGAACACUGCAAAGCUCCGCCAGGGCGGUGACGGUGAGGUCUGGACCGCUCUGAGCUCUGCCCCGUUUGGAAAGCAGCACAAGGCCCCCCAGGAGUUCCUGGAAGGGACCCCCAAGGAGACCGAGGUGGUGGAGCUCAUGCUGGGUGCCGUCGAGCGUGCCGCGGGACUCGCAAAGGGGAGCCUGCUCGGCAAGGUCCGUGCCACGAAGCUCCAACUCUGGGGUGCAGCUCUGCCCAUCACACGCUGGGCAAGCCGGGAUGCGGUGGAUUUCGCGUGGUCGGCGGGCCAUCGCAUUGGCAUCGCAGGCGACUGGCUCAGUGCCACGCCGGCUCGGGCCUCUACCAUUGAGGCCGCAUGGCUCUCGGGAGUUCGGCUGGCCGAGCACAUCGCUGCUCAUGCAGGCGAGGAGGACGGGGACGGCGGGGACGGGUCCACAGAUCGUGUCUCCACGUUUGCGACCAUGAGUGCUUCAGAGCGCAUGAUCAUGAGGACGCCGGCAUCCAGCUUGGUCGGUGUCCGAGUCGCUUUGCUCAAGACUGUACGACAUCAGUCAACGCCUGAGGCCAAGACGGAGGUGUCUUCUUACCCGUCGACGCAGAUUUCGGCACAGCAGCCGGCGAGGCUGUGGCUCGCUCGACCUCCUGAAGCUCUGAAGUCCCACUGUCAGCUGCGACUGCUCGUUAAGGUUUGGGUGACCGAGCCCGCAGACGAGCCGAAGGGCAAAGGAAAAGGCCGUGGCUCUGGCAAGGCACAGAAGGAUACUUGUAGCAGUGUCUUCGUGUCUCGUCGGGACUCAGUGUCUCGCCUUGUGCGCCGCAGGGUUGGAAAGGCAAAGCUGCGAAGUCAAGCCGAUAACCCGAUGCGCAUGGUGCCGAGUCCUGUGCCCCAAGCGCGUGUGAAGCUGCGACCUUGUGAAGACAUCUCCUGCGAGGAAAGGCCUUCGAUAAGUGGUCCGUCUGGCUGCAGUGGCUACGGGCAUGGCGAAGGGUUCCAGCAAGGUGCUACGGGCACCGCUGGCAUGCAGACCGGCAAGAGCGGAAAGGAUGGAAAGGGUGACGGCAAGAGCAGAGGCAAGAACAGCAAAGGAGGCGGUGACAGAGAUCGUGCACAAAAGGCAUGGUCCAGUGAAGGCAACUCCGAGGCACUGUCUGGUUUCAAUGCCAUGUCAGUUGCGGCGAGCAGCUAUGUUAAGAAGGCCCCCAAGCAGGUGAAGGCCCCGGCAGAGAUGAAUGCACCCUCCUACGAGGAGCGCAAUCCGUAUCGGCUCAAGAACCAUAUUCGCGCAUGGCACACGGAUGGUUCCACCACAUCUGUACCCGAGCCCUAUGGAAGCUAUCCAGAGGCGCAGCUGCCCCGUCCGCUCUUGGAUGGCUUCAAGCGCGCUGGCUUCCAGGCCCCGACCCCCAUACAGGCACAGGUGUGGCCCAUUCUAGACAGUGGCUGGGAUGUCAUCGGCAUCGCCAAGACUGGCUCUGGCAAGACCCUGGGCUUUCUGGUCCCGGCUUACCGGUGGAUGAGCGCCAGCUACGUGGCAGGUAUCCGAACCCUGAUCAUGGCACCCACGAGGGAGCUGGCCACACAGAUCCAUGACGAGGCCAGCAAGUUCGCCGGGGCCUCGGGCUGCUCCAGCGCCUGCGUCUACGGCGGCCAACCCAAGCGCGAGCAGCUGCCGGCCGUGCGGGCCGGAGCGCCAAUCCUCGUGGCCACGCCCGGCCGCCUCAACGACUUCCUGGAGUACAAGGACAUCAAUCUAUCCGGGGUGGGGUAUCUCGUCUUCGACGAGGCCGACCGAAUGCUAGACAUGGGGUUCGAACCACAAAUUCGGGACAUCAUGAAGAAGGUGCCCAGAAAGAGGCAGACGCUGAUGUUCAGCGCCACCUGGCCCGAGGAGGUGCAAAACCUCGCGCAUGAUUUCCUCAGCUCGCCCAUCCAUGUGCAAGUUGGCGACACGUCCUCCUUAUCGGCUAACGAAGACAUCAGUCAACAAGUGUGGAUGCUGAAUUCUUCAGACGACAAGGAUGCGGCUUUGGUAGAGGCACUGCAGCUCUAUGGAGGUCCUCGCCAGCGAGUUCUGGUGUUCGUGGCAAUGAAAAAGCAGUGUGAUAUGGUGAUGCGGAUGCUGCGCAAGUAUCAGAUCUCGGCCAACACCAUGCACAGCGAUAAGGACCAGCAGCAGCGCGAGGAGGCAUUGCAGCAAUUCAAGACCGGCGAGACGGCAGUGCUGAUAGCCACGGACGUCGCGGCACGUGGGCUGGACAUUAAAGGCGUGACCAUGGUCAUCAACUACGACUCCGCCAACAGCACUGAAGAUCAUGUUCACAGAAUAGGAAGAACAGGCCGCGCGGGGCAGAAGGGGCACAGCAUCACUUUUCUCACCAAGUCAGGUGAGGAUGCCUGGAAGGCCAUCGGCAUCGCAGAGGUUAUGCAGAAAGCGGGCUGCGCCGUCCCUCCGGAGAUGAAGCAGGUGGUUGAUCGGAUGCUGUGGAGGCGGCAGCAGUCCCAGCAGAACGAUUCGCGCUGGGACAACUUGCCGAAGGUCCUGAUGGUGGCCGAGAAGCCUUCCGUAGCCAAACUGAUCGCGGAGAUCCUGUCUGGGGGCCGCAUGCGCUUUCGUAAAGGCCAAAGCCGAGCUGUACAAAUCUACGAGUUCAACAGCUGGUUUCCACCAGCGCAUCAACAGUGUCGGAUCAUGCAGACCUCCACCAUCGGCCAUGUUUUUGGAUUGGACUUCAAGGAGAAUCGCCCGAAAGAUAUUGCGGAGCUUUUUCAUGAUCCCUGCAAGAAGACCAUCGAAGAUGGCACGGCCAAGAACAGGAUCGUCGAGCACUUCCAGGAGCUGGCCGCAGAAGCCGACUACUUGGCGCUCUGGCUCGACUGCGACAAGGAGGGAGAAAACAUCUGCUUCGAGGUCAUUUCUUUGUGCGAGAACAUCCCUCGCGAUAACAUUUACAGGGCCCAGUUCUCCGCCUUGACCGAGCCGGAGCUGCGAGGCGCCUACAACAACUUGGGCCGGCCGGACAAGCUGGCGGCCCAAGCCGUGGAUGCUCGGCAGGAGCUAGACCUGAAGAUCGGUUGCAUCUUCACGCGGCUCAUGACUCGCCAGUUUUUGCGCUACGCAAUAGAGAAGUUCCGCCUGCGAGAUCAAACUUGCUUGAGCUACGGGCCUUGCCAGACACCCACACUUUGGUUUUGCGUCGAAAGGCACAAGGAGAUUCAAAACUUCCAGAGGCAAGAGUUCUACAAGCCCAAAGUUUCUGUGAACUUGGACGGCUGGCCUUUGGAGUUCGAUUGGCUCCACGACCAGACCUUUGAUGCAGGUCGCGUGAAGUCCUUGCAGUCACGGGCACAGUCGGCGAAGCAGGCAGUCGUCAAGGAGCUCAGGACCACUGCCAAGACCCUGAAGAAGCCGGUUGGCCUGAACACCGUGCAGCUACUGAAAGCCGCGAGCACUGGUCUUGGAAUGUCGCCGGUGCAGUGUAUGAAGGUGGCUGAGCAUCUUUAUACCUCUGGCUACAUCUCCUAUCCCCGCACCGAGACAACCAGGUACUCGGACACAUUUGACCUUCACGCAGCCUUGCGAGAGCAAGCAGACCAUCCGGCCUGGGGAAAGACGGUGAGCCAUUUGCUGCGCCAAGGGCAGAUCCGGAAUCCGAAGACUGGCCGCGAUGUGGGGGACCACCCACCCAUUACUCCUAUGAAGGCCGCACCCCGGGACGAGUUCAGCAAAGGAUCUGAGUGGCGGCUCUACGACUUCAUCACCAGGCACUUUAUCGCCUCACUGAUGCCGGACGUGGAGUAUGAUGAGAAGGCCCUGAUCGUGAACGUUGGUGGGGAAGACUUCGCUUACACCUUCCACGAGAUGCGGGAGAGGGGCUUCCUCUUCGCCAUGCCCUGGAAGAGCAAAGAUCUGAAUCUGAACGAGAUCGACUGGGCCAUGCCCCGGCUGGCACCGGGAAGCCCUCUCCGUGUGGAGGAGGUUUGGGUCGAGAGCGAUUUCACAAAGCCACCAGACUACUUGAAGGAGAGUGAGCUGGUGGCUCUGAUGGACAAGCACGGCAUUGGUACGGAUGCCAGUAUCCCGCAGCACGUGGAGAACAUUUGCAACCGGAACUAUGUGAUGGUCUGUGGUCCUGGAGAAGACGGCCAGCGCGGCGAGAGAAUACCAAAGGGAGGCAAGAAAGGCAAGGGGAAGGGCAAAGGCAAGGGCAAAGACGGAAAGGCUCAAGGCGGCGAGAAGCCGCAAUCGCGGCACAUGGUUCCGACAUCACUGGGACUCAGCUUCUGCGCAGCUUUCGAGGAGCUGGAUGCAGAGCUGUGCCGGCCGCCCAUCCGAGCCUACAUGGAAAAGCAAUGCCUACAGGUAGCGGAAGGAAUCCUGGACAAGGAAGAUGUUGUCAACGAGAACAUCAAGCUCUUCGAGACGAAGUUCCACAGCUUCAGGGGACGUUUGAGCCAGCUGGAUAAGUUUUUCGUCUCGAAGGAGCAGAUUGGCAACAGCAUGGGAUACCGCGGUGGAGGAUCGGAGAGCGACAUGAAGAAGCCGCGGCCGGAAGUCGGUCUGGCGAAGACGGGCAAUGAUCGUCGAGAUCGUCUUGGAGGGGUCCAGGAUGUGAAGAAGAGUUGCGGCUUUGCGCCACAGUCCACGCCAAUGUGGGUGCGCCAGAGCCGGCAAGGGCCGGAUUUGGCUUCGGGCGAGGUGCCCGGCAUGAGCGACGACCUCCUCGAGCAGGUCCGUACGCCGGGCGGAUCUUUGGAGGAGAAGCUGGAGGCCGUCAUCGACGUUUUCCGGGCCAGUCAGCGGCACCUCGAGAGCUGCCGGGAAGCUUUGAGGAGACAGGCACUGGAGAGGCGCCAGGCAGAGGGCCGGGAGCGCCUGCCUGCAGAGGUGGAGGAGGUCAUCUCCGGGGGAACGUACCUUGACUCCUUCCUGGAGGCUUACGAUGGUCAAAGCUUUUUGCUCCACAACGAGGAGAUUGUUCCCUGUCACGAGUACCGGCUGGGUCUGGAGGUGAACUCCGGCGGAGCCUACUGGAAGGGCAUCUCCAUCCAGGAGGCCGCAGUGCGGCAUGACGUGCAAGCUGUUGCUGGUGCCAGCGGCCUGGAAGGUUCCAUGAACAUCAUCUCUCAAUUCGGCGCUGCACAGCGGGGUGCCGUCUUGGCUUGGCGAUGGCAGCACGUUUUGGACGCCGGGCCUUACGACCUGCCGGAGUGGCUGGCGAAGGCCUUGGCCACGGAAGGCAACGACCCGCUGCGGAAGCUGCAGGCAGAACUCGAGGCGGUCCGGCGCUGGGAACACCAGGUGCAGCAGGACACCUGCAAAUACAUCAAAGCCAACAACGAAGUCAAGGACAUUUACAUUCGGGAGGUGUUGAGACUGUGGCCAUCCGAGACAGACCAUCAGGGUGUAGAGGUCUGCAAGAAGUGCGCAUGGGUGGAGGGCCUCGACGCCACACUCUUUACCUCGCGGAACAUCCUGGUACAGAGGGUGCCCUACGACGACAGCCACGCCUUGGCGCUCCAUGCUUGCAUCGCGCGCCGACAAGUGGAUGAGAAGGACAAGGAUCAGAGCCCACCCUAUCGGCUCAUCACCACGUGGAUGUGGGUCCAGUGCCCCCAUGCCAGGGCUGAGGCCCAGGCCAGCGCGGCGGAACCGGCCCAUGCGGCUGCACAGGCGGGUCAGGCGGCCUCUCGGUCUCGGACGGGGAACGCCGAGGUGGUGCAAAUCGCAAAGGGAAAUGAAGCGAGCGGUGGCGUCAGUCGGACCUUGAGCAUCCCUUACGAGAUCCGUCCGAGCACUUUCAGCGGCGCUCCGCACGGUGCCAUUCAAGGCGACGCGAGAGCCAUGGGAGCCACAAGUGCGUCCAGCACCUACCUCGUCUCGCGGCCGAGUACGGCAGGGAGCUUGUCCCGGCCGUUGAGCCUGCAGCAGAAGGUACCGGCCCCGGCGAUGCCAGUGCCCGUACCCAUGGGCCCCGCUGUGGCGAGUGUUGCCACACCUUCGAAGGUUUGGUUCUGUGCUCCGGGCUCUCCGCCCUUGGGCACCGUCACCGUGGGGCCGGGCUCGGUCGGCUCGGUUCUGCGCUGA